AUGGCCGACACAUCAGACAUAUCGGACCCUCUGGCUGACAGAGGGCCCGAACUCAGCGGCACGACCACAGCGCUGCUUGUCCUUGCAACAGUAUUCGUAGGGCUUCGCUUCUGGUCGCGUUGGGUUGUUAAGUUCAAGUAUGGUGCAGAUGACUGGUUCAUGGUAGCCGCCUUGGUUGUCACAUUCAUGGCUGGAUCCAUCAAUUAUGCAAUGAUUGGCCAAGGUCUCGGCCGUCAUGCCGCAACACUUUCAUUAGAUAUGCAGGUGCAGUUCCUGAAGCUGUUGCUGGCCUUUGAAUGCAUCUAUGUUACAGCAGUCAUGCUGGUCAAGGUCUCGCUGCUGCUGAUGUACUGCCGCAUCUUCCCGUCUCGCAAUUUCAGAAUCGCAGCCAUUACCCUAGGUGGCAUCACUGUUGCAUGGUGGAUUGCCAUCGUCUGUGUGUGCGUCUUCCAAUGCACUCCCAUCGAAAAGGCGUACAUGCCGUUUCUCGAUGGUACCUGCAUCGACCUAAAGGCCUCCUUUAUUGGGAACGCAAUCCCGAACAUCCUAACUGAUGUAGCCAUCCUCUGCCUGCCUGUUGGACAAGUUUGGAAGUUGCAAGCCACACUAGCGCAGAGGUUGUCAUUGUGCUUCAUGUUUCUCCUCGGUGGAUUUGUUCUAUUUGCUAGCAUCUACCGGUUUACGACCAUCAUGCAAUUCCAGAUCGCCGACACAACGUGGACACUAGCUACUGCAUGCACGUGGUGCGUCGUGGAAUGCGCCUGUGGCGUCAUCAGCGCGUGCCUACCUACGCUCCGUCCCCUCAUGAUGAAAGUUUCGUCACAGUUCGGCAGCUUCGCGACAAACCGCGGUGCCACCGAGCUCCUUACAAUUGGAGGCAGCGGCGGCAAGUCGGCAGACAGAAGCUUUCAGCGCCUGAGAAACGAUGACAGAAAGUACGGUAUCACGACUACCAUAUCAAAUCGACCUGACGGGCAUACUGGAGCUGGCGCAGAAACGGGCUCGGGAGACAGGGACACACCAAAAGGCGGGCUCCGGAUCAAAAUUAACCAGGAGAUAUGCUGGGACGACAAUCUAUCCCAGAAGAACUUAAAGUGCGACGAGUCUUCAUCGGGAAGCGUGUCUUCCCGGAUGAGUUCUCACCGCGUCUAAAUUCUCGUGAGGCUGCUACAAUGUGUAUACCAGAAUUUAACCCCAAUAUUAUGCUAGAAGAAAGGAUAAAGCCUCGUCUGAAAGAAAUAGUUUAAAAAAGAAUGACCACGACAGGCUUAAUUCCACGGUAAUAAUGAUAACGAGCUGCAUCCUAACUCCACUCUCAGCAAGUAUCAGGCUGGUAUCCUUGCCGACAGUCACGAGGCACUUUCUCGGGUGGGAAAAGUCAUG